AUGCUGAAAUUCGCCUUAUUUACCCUGUUUUACAGUGCAUUUUCUUAUGGAGAUAUCAUUCCAUUCGCAUCACAAGAAGAAGUCCGGCCUCGAAUCCAAGGCUUCAUCAGCGGCGAUCGACUGGAGAUCUCUGUGGAUGUGAAGAUAAGAGGGAAGAUUGAAUUGGUGCGCGAUUGCAAGUUCAAAGAUGUCAAGGAGUUCUUUGUUCAACAAUUGAUGUUUUUAAUCGUAUUAUCUUAAACAAUGUUGUUCUUUCAGCGCAAGCGUGUUUUAAUCCUAGAACGCUCGUUUGUCCUCUUCUCAAAUGAAUGGCAAUGCGAACGCUUUUUAUAAUAUAUUUAAGAAGACCCUGCAUCAAAAGAUUGACCUCGAGGGGGCCUUACAACCUCAACAUUAUAUGGCAUGCCUUUUGCACCCAUUUUACAAGCGAAUGAGAUCCGCGUUGUACUUGGCACCGGGGACACAAAAGCCAGUUUCACUCUUCAAAGAAGAAGACGUGACUACCGUAAGUGUUAGACAUACAAAAAAUAUCGACAACUUACAGGCAGAAGGUUAUAUUCGAAAUGAGAUUGCCAAAAUGCCCAGUCCAGAAGCCGCAAUGACCUCUCAACAAGGCAAUGCAAGAGUCUUUUUCCAGGACGAGGAACAAGCAAAAGAUGAGUUACGGCUAUACUUGGCUGAGUACUACAAUGUGGAUGCCGAUAUAAACGUUAUGCAAUUUUGGAAAGGCAAUGAGGACAGGUUCCCGCAAUUGGCAAGUAUCGCAAGAAGAGUUUUUUGUGUCCCUGCUUCCAGUUCUGAAGUUGAAAGGAUGUUUAGUUGUCUUCGCAACUUAGUAGAUGAGAAAAGGACUUUAUUAGACAAGGAUUUGACUGCAAAAUUAUUGGUUGGUCGUCGUCUUGACUGA